UAAACAGACUAAAGGUUGUUUUAUAAUCAAACAUACUGUAAGAGCACAGGCUUUAUAACUCAGUCUAGUUUGAGAAAAGAGGAACAACAGCUGUCUGAAGAGACUUCAAGACCAUGGAAUGGAACGGUGUAUUUUUGUGGAUUUGUGCUUUUGCAAUAGUUGUCUGUGGGAAUCAAGAGACUUUACAACAACCUCCCGUUAGCGCUAAACUCCCGUCAUUGAUAAACAUGAACAACGAUUUUGCUUUUCACCUGUACAAGAGGCUUAUAAAAAUGCCUGAUUAUCAGUCCAAAAACAUCUUCUUCUCUCCGUUCAGUGUGUCUAUGGCCCUUUCUGAGCUGUCUUUAGGAGCCGGUGGAGACACCAAACAGCAGCUUCUCAGUGGCAUUGGCCACAAAAGCGCAAUCUUUAGCACUGAAGAAAUGCACCAGCUGUUUCACAGUCUCCUGGAAGAUAUCGACAAUAGGACAGGAGUGGACAUCGAUGUCGGCACUGCUCUUUAUGCAAGCGACCAAUUUAAACCUCAUUCCAAGUUUCUGCAGGACAUGAAGGAGUUUUACCACUCUGAUGGCUUCACUGUAGAUUUCAGUGUCAAAGAAACAGUAGAUCAAAUUAAUAAAUAUGUGGAGGAAAAAACACAUGGGAAAAUCAGUCAAGCUGUCGAUAGUCUAGAAGCGAAUACUUUUAUGUUUCUUCUCACAUACAUAUAUUUUAAAGGAAAAUGGGAAAAGCCUUUUAACCCACAAAGAACCAGUGAGGAUACAUUUCAUAUAGAUGAUAAGACCACCGUUCCAGUGCAAAUGAUGCAUCAGUAUGAAUACCUCAAAGUCUAUUAUGAUGCUGAACUGUCCACUAAAGUCCUCUGUCUUGACUACAACGACUCCUUCUCCAUGUUUCUGGCUGUCCCAGAUGUUGACAUGGGGCGAAAAACUAUCAAAGAUCUAGAGAUGACAAUCUCUAGACAGCACAUUGAAAAGUGGAGGAGAAGUGUAUCUGGACGUUUAGUUGACAUCUACGUCCCCAAGCUCUCUCUGAAAACCUCAUACUCCCUGAAGGAUAUUUUGAAGGGAAUGGGAAUAGCUGAUAUGUUUUCAGAUAAAGCAGACUUCACAGGAGUUUCAGAGGAAAGGGUCUUCGUUUCAGAGGUUUUGCAUAAAGCCACUCUGGAUAUCGAUGAGAAAGGAACCACCGCAGCAGCAGUGACAGAAGUUUAUAUAAGAUUUACAUCCUACAGCCCAUUGAGUGAUUUGAGAUUUGAUCGCCCAUUCAUGAUCUUUAUCACGGAUCAAACAAAUGACAACAUCCUUUUCUUUGGAAAAAUCGUCAACCCAAAUGAAAAACUGUGAUGUGGUCCACAAGAUGUUAAAACAAUGUUAGCCAGUAGGUGGAAACCAUUUAACAACUGCUGUGCCAUAUAUUGCAGACUACUAGAGUCGCCUUCCUGCAGAGUUCAGUUCUUAUUGUUAGAAAACACCUGCAUCAGCUUAUGUAGAUGAUGGUUGGAAAUAAACUGCAAGAAACUGAACCUGCAAAACUGGG